UCCAGAGUCCUUCCAUUGACACCAUCCUGACAAGAUCAGCCCUCCAGGCACAGCUCAUGGACUGGACCAAAGAUGCAAAUUCCAUCAUACGGAGGCUCAGUCUGCGAGGCCUUGGCAGUAUUGUGUUCCAGCCAGAAAAGGUGCAAUUCUUACGGGCCCAGCUGCCAGCAAUCCUGGCCAUGUUUUGUGACAGGGAUGGAAGGCGUGUCAUGGAGGCCAUGCAUAAAGCUGCAGACAUCAACUACCUCCUCAACAGGGAAGGGCUUGGCUCCAUCUCCCAGGACAUUGCUGUCAGCCUUCGCCCCUUCAUUGAUGACGAGAAGGGCAGUGUGCGCUCAGCUGCCAUUGUACUGCUUGGCAACGUGGUGAGCAGGGUGCAGGACCCCGACAAACCCUUCGUGCAGCAGGAAAUCAUCCACUGCUUGCUCCCCCUGCUGCUGCAUCUUGAAGACCAGGAGGAGAGUGUGAAACUGUCAUGUAAACUGACGCUCUUCCGCUGCGCAGUGUUCCUCAGGUGGGCUCAUUUGAAGACCCUCUCCCGCAGCUUGGCCUGGGAUGGCUCCUCACAGCUCUUGAAGUGUGUCUGGAUCUGCUUGAUGCAGAACAACGAGAGCCACAUCCCCAAAUUCCUGUUCCAGGCCUUACAGUACCUGGAAAGCUCACAGACAACAAUAAGACAUUCAGCAGCCCGAUUCAUUGGAAAUACUAUCCACCAUUACUGUGAUUUGUUGUCUGAAACAGUGAAUGAAGAUGGAAUCUCCCGCCUGUAUGAAGCUUUUCACGAAGUGCCUUUGAAAUCAGACAGGACCACGUGGUACAUCCUCAACAGAUAUUAUAAAUGGUUGCAGAAGCUUGGAAAUCUCGUGUCGGGUUCUGCAUUUGACUAGGGAACCGGGACCGACACAGACGAGCUCUUUGUCCUGCUAUGACAUCGAGAGGCCAACAGGAGCCAAUUGAGCCCACCACUGAUCCCAUCUCUUGUGAGAUGGCAAAGCAACUUUGCAUGGGAAGGAGGAGACACAAGAGGCCGAGCAGCAUGUGCCGGGCUGAACCAGCCACACAGAACCCCAUAGUCUAGGUGGAGAAAGCCAAGCCCGGCCCCAGCCCUGCCGGACAUGCUCCAACUGGAGCACCAGUGUGUAAGCGAGCAGCUCAGACCGAUGAAAAUGGAGAAUGCACACUGUAGGCUCCAGUCCAGAAGCAGCUCAAGCCCCUGACUGCAGAGCUCUGAGGUGCCGAGACCCAGCCACGUCCCUGGGGGCCUGCAGACAUGCAAGGGAGAUCGGAGACCCUGGGAGUUUCCCACGCCGGGAACCCAGAGACCCCCAGCCCAUGGCCUAGAGACAUCUCCAAGGAAGUAACCUGGGUGAACUAGCCAUUGUCAUCCGCAGUGCUGGAUCCCCACUGACUCAAUGGCACUGAAGGGCAGCUAUACAGACUCCGGCCGUUGGGCCACACAGCAUUGAGGGAGAGAGUAGCC